AUGAGUCUGGCUGUUAUAACGAGUAAACCAUUUGUGGUGUUAGAAUUCCCCGAGGAGCAAACUGUUGAAGCAGUUCCAGCAAUUUGGCUAACGUCUGACAAGACCGGAUGUCGGUGGCCCAAUAAAGUGACCCCUUCUUUUACAAACAAGAAAAAAGACAAGAAUUCAUCCCCUGGUGAUGGUUGGACUGUCUACAAAUGUCGAGUGCUGGGAGAAUUUGAUAACUAUACUAGUGCCAACGCCGCCGCACACAAGGCGGAGGAUACCUCAGAAAUAGAGGUGUCGAAAGUGGACUUCUCUGCGGGAAAACGCACAAGGAGGACAACGCAACGUCCAGCGCGGUCAUCGUCGUCUGAUUGUGAGGACCUUGACAAACCAAGCCAGGCGAAUUUGACUACCACAAUUCCACAAAUUCCAGUUUCAGUCUGUGAGCCGCAUAAUAAUUUUAUUGGAGGAGCGGUUAAUGAACCUGGGGCUGCUGGCUCCUCGCAAAGUCUUUCAUCAUUGGCUGAAGACGAGAGAAACCAACUAAAUUUUCAAACGGUGGAAAUUUUGCCGAAUUCUCAAACUUUCUUCAUUGACUCCAGCGGAGUUUUAUGCACAUCUGGUCCUACAAAAAACGUGGGAACGUCAAAGUCGUCAAAUUCAGGUUUUUCGGAAGGCUUCCAAGGGGUAAUCAUUAGAGCGUUGGCACGUAUUGAAGCCAAUCAAAGGGACUUCCGUCAAAUCCUGGACGAACUAGUCUUGAAUCAACGGUCAGGGGCAACACCGCAUGUGGAGGUGGAUUAUUCAUCGCUACCAAAAUUCCCUAUCGAGAGUGAGGCCGACUUAACAGCAUUUGAUGUUCAAUUAUCUAUUGAUACGGAAAGGAAAGUAUUUGAGCAGUACCUUGUUGGGAUAGGAGGAACAACACUUCCUAUUACAAUCACCGAAAUUUUGGAGAGGAUAUUUGCAAAAACACUACGGAUCGGAUUGACUUACACGGGCAAGGGCGAUGGAAAAAAAUCGUACAUAUCCUUCUCAAAUAUCAACACGGCUAUCGUCGCUGCUGUGAAACGCAACAGAAAACUAGUCACGGUGCCGGAUGAUUUAGAGAUUAAAUCAAUCAUAAUGGAUAAGCUUCGAUUUUGCCGGAAACCGGAGAAGAAAUCGUCUGAUGAAUAAUUGGAGAAUAAGUUAAUUUGCUAAUUUAAUUAAUCUUAAGUCUAGAUCGUGUAAAAAAUUAAUAUGGCUUCUGACAGGACAAGAUAUCGGAGGAUAGAAAGUAAUGUACAGUUAAUGUUAAGUGAAAUGGAAACUGAUGUACCAGAUGUACCAGAUGUAGAGUUAGGUCAGCCAGUAAUUUCUAAUGAUUCAUUAUCUGAGUUACAAUUAGUUUGUGAUUCUGAUUAUGCCAACGGGAUAUGCUUAGGUUCAGAUAAGUUAUUAGAGCACAAUAUGAGUAAUUUGAGUAUUAAGGAUAAAUUAGCAAAAUGGGCAGUAGAAAAUAAUAUUACCUCCACUGCUGUGGAUAGUUUAUUAAAUGUUUUGAGUGAGGAGUUCCCUAGUUCCAAAUUGCCAAAAUCAUAUAAAACUUUACUAGGAACUCCAACAAACUAUAAUAUUUGUACAAUAGCAGGUGGUUAUUAUUAUCAUUUUGGGUUACGUCAAAAGUUGCAAGUAGUGUCUGAUAGUAGUUUUUGUACAUUGUCAAAGCAGGGA